AUGGAGAAGCCUGAUGCUGAGAUCAGCUGUCUUCAAGGGUUGCCAUGCAUGGGUCCUUUGCAGGAGGAAACAGGUCAAUCAAACAGCGUGAACUCUCGGCUCAGCGGGCAAGAUACGCCUGCGCAACUGAGCCAAACACGCAUAGCGAAGGCAUUCGAUUCAUCUUCUUCAAUAAUCCCCGUUGCCCAGUCUGUUCCUGUGGGAGCUGCAUUAGUGACGCAAUUCAUAGAGCAUCCUGCCGCACCUAGUAGUUCUGGUGAUGUUUCGUUGCAUGACCGAUCAUUUUUUUUGUUAUCAAACUCCGUCUCUGUCCCACCCUCACGUCAUUCUAGAAAUGCAACUGCCCCUUUUCGCUCUAAAAAUGGUAAAACCCAAAGCAACUCGCCCUCUGUAGCCGCGCCGGGCCAACAAUCUGUGCGGCCAGAGGGUUUAGUUUGUCCUACUAAUCAACUAGAGGAAACUCCACGAGCGAGUUACCGCGAAAUGUCGUAUUGUCGGAGAGGAAACUCGAGUGUCGUAUCAUCGAUGACCUGUGUUCCAGCAUUGACAUCAUUGAAUCAAGUUUAUAAAGAUUUUGUAGAUUUAGUUCCGCCGUGCCUCCUUCCAAAGGACACCGAGUCCAUAAAGUCUUGCAGAGAGGACAAUAAAAAAGAGGCGGCUGUGAGGGAUUAUUUACGAAGAAUGAAUAUCCUCAGCUUAGAUGUCGUGUCGAACGGCAUAGAUACAUCCCUAAAUAUCUUUCAUGACGCCCUUUUUAAUGGCUGCGCAUUAUGCCAACUCACGUCGUAUCUCUUUGUUAAACAGAUGGAAUUGGUCACGAAAGGCGAUCCGGUUGCUUGUCGGCAGCCACGCCUCAUUGAAGAGGUACGUUUAAACUACAUUGCUUCUCUUCGCAUCAUUAGUGAGGUGCCGGACUGCGCCAAUGUCAUCUCACCCCAUCUUCUUUGUUUCACCCCAGAGGAUGUUUAUCGUCACGGUCGCAUUAGCGCCUUGCUGAACCUGUAUGUGCAUCUCAUCGCACUCCGCUUACCAUCCCCAGAGCGUUUGCCAUUGUUCCCCCCGGAGCUGUCCUGGCAGACACCUGCGGAUACGGGACACUAUGCACCUGAAGAUGCCCUGUCCAUGUGGAAGGCGGAGCGCCACGCGUGCGAUUUCCUUUUCACCUGUGGGGUGUUACCCGAUCCACAGUACUACGCUUUGCCGGAGGACAACUGUCUGAUCCCACGCCCACUUGACGUGCCUGCCAUUCCGCAUUACCACUCCAAACGAUUUGUGAGGCGUGGAGCGACGCCGGCGGCGCUCUACAUCCCUUCAGUGUUUCCUUACUUGUGCAACGGACUCGCGCUGCGUCGGUUGGUUCGUCGGGUCUUCUCAGGUUCGGUCACACGGCGGUUGGGUCCGUCAGGGAACCCCACGACGCCGGCGGGCUGCAUGGAGAGCCUCCACGCCUCCCUUGAGGCACUGCAAACCCUCUCCGAGAGCCUUUCUUGUGCGCAGACAAGGCUGGUGCAUCAUAUCUACGCCGGGCACCGCCGGAGCAUCGUUCUCCUCCUCGUGGCUGUGGCUGAGGUGGUGGGGCAUCAAAUGCGCACGACGCCAAGGGCCUCCUUGCGGCCCUCCGCGAUGGCUUCCUCGCUGCGGGAAGAUGAGGCCCGUCCUUCUGAGCUGUCAAACUCCCCCUUGGCCGUCAAACGGUCCGACGGUAGGACGCCACGCGCUCCGGCAUCAGGGAAGAAUGGGUUGGGUAGCGCCCUGGACGGCAAUGAGGCUUCUUUUUCCAAAAAGAAGAGGGCACAUUUGCACGCCUGGCUCGGAACCGUCUUGGGGAUGAACUUUAAAUAUGCAUCCAAGGACAACACAUUUUCCUUUAGCUCAUCAGACUUUAGCUUCACCGACCCAUUCCUACUUUUCUCAGAUGGUGUGGUGCUAGCCCACCUCAUCCGCACGUUAGAAAGGCGCCGCUGUGAAAGUCUAGAUUGUGUCCUACCAACCACCAAGAAACCUGCCAAACUGUUUAAUAUACGCCGUUGUCUUUUAUUCGUUCAACAAGAAAGGGGGGUGACCUUUAAUGUGUCUUUCAUUGAUGAGCGUCUGCUCAAAGGUGACCUUUGCGGUGUGUUGUCGCUACUAAGAAGCCUUAAGGAAAAGUAUAAAGCUUUUUAG